AUGGAUUUUGGCAGACAUGAACAUCGACAUCUCGACGCAACCGCCGGUCGCGAGGUCGUCUACUGCCACGCCUGCUCUCACGAGUGGUACCGCGACGAGCAGGGCUUGCUGUGCCCCAGCUGCGACAGCGACAUCACAGAAAUCGUAAGCCCGGAUAAUGACCCUCGAGACUUUGGCGGCUCAGAAACGUCAUCUACCGAACCACCGUCGUAUCCGAUCGGGGCCUUCGAUAACGAUGACGACCAUCACCAAACUCGCGGCCGCGGCCAGCACCACGACAUGGAUUCGGACCCCGACGAAGCUGAUAUUGAAGAGCAUCUUGGGCCGCACGGAUUCCAUUUUCGCCGGAGCAUUAGGGUGCGUCCAGGUGAUGAGCACCAUGAUCCCGCCGUCGACCCAGUGAUAGAACGCUUUCUCGGCAUGAUCCAGGAUUUCGCCCCCACGCAACGGCCGGCCGACGGCUUUCGACCGCGAGCAGAUGAACCGCGGCCGGCACAUGCUCAUCCUCAUAUCCACCGUGCUACAUUCGUCAACGGUAGUGGUAGCGCCUCUGUCACCAUCUUCUCCGGUCCUUCGUCUGGCUUUUUCGGGCCUGGGUCUCCUGGUCACGAUCACCACGGUGACCUGUUUCAGACCUUCUUUUCCAAUGUUCUUCGGGACGUGUCACCUCCUGUAGGAGGUCGAGAGGCGGGUGGCGCUACCCCCGGAUUUGCGAGGGGGCUGCAGGAGAUAUUGAACUUGUUCAACCCGGCACACGCCAUCUCUGGAGAUGCCGUCUAUUCUCAGGAAGCACUGGACCAAAUCAUUACGAACCUCAUGGAGGCGCACCCGACAUCGAACGCCGCGCCACCAGCGUCGAGCGAGGCUCUUGCCAACCUGGAUCGACGACCGGUAGUGGACUCCAUGUUGGAAGGCGACUCGAAGACGGAGUGCACCAUCUGCAUCGACGACAUGAAAGUGGGUGAUGAAGCUGCCUUUCUGCCUUGCAAGCACUGGUUCCACGAAGAAUGCGUCGUGCUGUGGCUCAAAGAACACAACACGUGCCCGGUUUGCCGAGCAUCCAUCGAGAAGGCUGGCGGCGACAACAGCAACCGUACCAAUGACCAAGCAAAUGCACGCGCGACCGCAGCGACAAGCGCGGGACCCAGCUCCGAUGCAUACCCACCACCACAGACGGGGGAGCCAUUUACAGGGAGCGCCUUCACCCGUAGCUUUCCACUUCCGAUUCCAGCAGCACGGCCUCAGUACUCUCGCCCCCCGAGCCAGAGCCAGAGCCGGCUGAACGAGGCCAUGCGGAGCAUCUCGUCGUUGCAGCAAGAGCGGCAGCAGCAGCAAGAUCGCGAGCAGGAGAGACACCGCAUCUGGGGAAUUCCGUUGGACCGGGGCGGGGAACGGCAGCAGGAGCGCGAGAGGGAGAGAGACCGGUUAUGGGGAGUGGCGUCCAGCACGGGCUAUGACACCUCACGGAUGCAGCGCCGAGCCUCUCGAACCUCGGCGUCUCCUACGAGCCCUAGAAUGUCCUCGUUUGCGGAUUAUAGGGUGCGCCAGCGGCAAGGCAGUCCGACGCAGAGCAGCCGCCGUGAUGGGGGGAACAAUAAUGCCAACGGCAACGGCAAUGGCAACGGCGGCUCUGGCUCUGGCUCCGGCUCUGGUCAACAAACCAGUAGCUCUGGACCCUUCAGCUGGCUCAGGGAUAGGUUUUCGGGAGGAGGUUCUCGAGACGAUUCCAACCGUGACGAACGCUGA